GUUCUUCUUCCCACUCGUGCCAUGACGCAGUACAUGCCAUUGUUCAGAUCAUGCACGAGUUUACGAUCGCUGACCCAACUCCAUUCCCACCUUCUUGUCACCGGACGCCUCCGUCACGAUCCUCAGCCGGUCACCAAGCUCAUCGAAUCCUACUCUUUCAUGGGCUCUCCCCUUUCCUCCAGGCUCGUCUUCGAAGCGUUCCCCUACCCAGAUUCCUUCAUGUAUGGCGUCCUCAUCAAAUGCCACGUCUGGUGCCAGUUUCUGGAGGACGCCAUCGAUUUCUAUCACAGGUUGGUUUCCGACCGGACCCACGUGAGCAAGUUCGUGUUCCCUUCGGUUUUGAGGGCUUGUGCCGGUUCAGGCAAUCUGGCUGUUGGUAGGAAGCUCCAUGCGAGGAUUAUCAAAGCUGGGGUUGACGAUGAUGCCGUAAUAGAGACAUCACUGCUCUGCAUGUACGGCGAAACCGGGCGCGUAGACGAUGCCAAGAAGGUGUUCGAUGAAAUGACCGUGAGAGACAUUGUAGCGUGGAGCACCAUUGUUUCUAGCUACGUCGAGAAUCUGCAAGUGACGGAAGGAUUGGAAAUGUUUCGGUGUAUGGUCGAAGAUGGAUUCGACCCGGAUUCAGUGACGAUGAUCAGUGUGGUCGAGGGUUGUGCUGAACUAGGAUGCCUGAAAAUGGCGAGAUCAGUCCAUGGCUACUUAACGAGGAAAAUGUUGGAUUUGGGUGAAUCAUUGGGUAACUCUGUCCUAACAAUGUAUACUAAAUGCGGUGACUUGUUCAGUGCAGAGAAGCUCUUCGCCAUCGCAGACAACAACCUUACUGGUUCAUGGACAUCCAUGAUCUCUGGUUACAAUCGAGCCGGCCGUUUCGAAGAAGCAUUAACAACUUUCGCCAGCAUGGUAAAGACCGAGGUAGACCCAAAUUCAGUAACCCUAUAUAGCGUUUUGGGUUCUUGCGGAAUGUUAGGUCGGAUUAGAGAUGGCAAGUCAGUUCAUUGUUUUGCGCUUAGAAGAGGGAUAGAUCCGGAAUACGAGUACAUUGCUCCGGCUGUAGUUCAGAUGUACACCGAAUGCAGGAGAUUCUGUGAUGCCGAGAAGGUUCUUCUUAAUGUCGGAGAUAGAAACAUCGUAUCAUGGAACUUUCUCGUAUCUUUGUACGCGCAAAAUGGUAUCGAAACUCGGGCUUUGUCUCUGUUAAGGCAGAUGGUGACACUAAGGAUAACGCCCGACUCAUUCGCUCUCGCAAGUUCAAUCUCGGCCUGCGAGGGUGGCAGUUUGAUCAGCCAUGGAAAGCAGAUACAUGGUCACAUCAUGAGAACAUGCGUUUCGGAUGAGUUUGUCCAGAAUUCUUUGAUAAACAUGUACUCAAAGUGCGGAUUCGUGGAUUCAGCCUACAUUAUUUUCAAUCGAAUCCGACGAAAGAGUGUCGUGGCAUGGAACUCGAUGAUCUGGGGAUUAACUCAGAACGGUAACUCCUUAGAGGCUAUUAAUCUGUUCGAUCGAAUUUACUACAACUGUCUCAAAAUGAAUCAAGUAACGUUCUUGGCUGUUAUACAAGCUUGCUCCAAUCUGGGUUACCUAGAAAAGGGGAAAUGGGUUCAUCACAAGCUCAUUAGCUAUGGCAUAAACAAUGAUCUUUACAUCGAUACCGCUCUGAUCGAUAUGUAUGGAAAGUGCGGAGAUCUUGUAAUGGCGGAAAACAUUUUCAGGACAAUCUCGGGUAAGAGUAUAGUGUCAUGGAGUAGUAUGAUCAACAGUUAUGGGAUUCACGGUCGGAUCGAAUCCGUGAUAUCCACAUUCAAGCAGAUGGUGGAUUCCGGGAUCGAACCGAACGGGAUUGUCUUCAUGAACAUUCUGUCUGCUUGUAGUCACACCGGAUCAGUUGAAGAAGGUAAGUUCUACUUCAACUUGAUGGAGAGAUUCGACAUCAAACCCAACUCAGAGCAUUUCGCCUGCUUGAUCGACCUUUUGAGCCGAGCAGGCAACCUCGAAGAAGCAUAUAGAAUCAUAAAGUCGAUACCUUUUCUCGCCGAUUCUACCAUUUGGGGCUCUCUGGUUAACGGGUGUCGUAUCCAUCGGAGAAUAGACAUCAUCAAAGCGAUUAAAUCUGACCUUGUAGAUAUCGUCACCAAUGAUACUGGCUACUACACUCUCUUGUCCAAUGUAUACGCAGAAGAAGGAGAAUGGGAAGAAUCCCGGAAAACAAGACUUGCGAUGAGAAACUCGGGUCUCAAGAAAGUUCCUGGGUACAGCAUUAUCGAGAUCGAUAACAAAGUAUUCAGGUUCGGAGCCGGGGACAAGUUCUUUCCGGGGGCAGAGGGAAUAUAUCAGUUCCUUGGAAGCUUCCAAAAUCUAUCGAAGCAGAUUACAGAUAAAUAAGAGAAGAAACAUGUUAUAGAUUCGUCAGGACAACAAUGGCUUUGGACAGAAUCUUGAAUGGUAAAGUGUUUUCUUGAUCAUAAAACCCGAGUA